UAAGAUGUCUUCGAAAGAAUAUCUGGUUGAUGAAUUAACUCGGUAACUUAGUAAAAUGAGUGAUUAUCGAGCACUUCUGUUGAAUAUUUCAAACCAUUUAACGUCUGAAGAUGUAACUGGGCUUAAAUAUCUCUGCGUGGAAGUCAUUCCGGCCGGAAGAGCAGAGAAAAUUACUCGUGCAUUCGAGUUCUUCUCCGAGCUUGAACGUCUGAACUUGCUUUCGGAGGAGAAUCGAGACUUUUUGGCUUCAAAACUUAUUGCUAUCAAUAGAAAUGACUUGAGGAAUAAACUUUUAGGGAUUCAAGAAAAUGAAACAGCGUCACAGAUAAGCCAAAGACAGGUAGCAUCAGCACAGCCAAAUAGUUGGGAUGACAAGCCUGUUCCUGGAGAUUUAGUUUACAAUCUUGUUGAAGAUCUGAGCACAAGCUGGAAAAUGUUGGGAAGACGUCUUGGUCUUACAGAAGGUGUCUUAAGCAACAUUGACUCAGAACAUCGGAAAGUUGUAGAAAAAGGCGUGGGAAUGUUUGAAGAGUGGAAGAAAAGAAAAACUGGCAACGCAUCAAUGAAAGCUUUACGGAAAGCCCUUGAGCUUAUAGGAAGACGAGAUUUGUCUGAAAGAGUGAGAGAUUAUGCAUUGAAGAAGCAGCAAGAAGAGAUUGAUGCUGCAGUGGAACAUGAAUACCAGACUGAAAUAGCAGAACAGAGGCCUUUUCCAAACUUAAAUGACAUGGGCCAUGUCUUGCCAAAUUAUCCUCCACAACGUGUCCCUGGAGAGCAAACAGAAUAUAGUAGUCUGAGACCAGUACCAUCCAACCAACCUGGUUGGACUCAACCAAAUCAAAGCUUUCCACCUUCCUCUGCCCCACCAGUCACCACAAGUGGUUUGGAUCCAUCUACUAUGGGUGGUUGGGAUCAACCCAGUCAAGUUUUUCUACCUCUCCCCACUCAGCAGGCCCCUGUGGGUAGGCAGGAUUCAUCAAUUCGGCAACAACCUACCCUCUAUAAUGAAACAGCUCCAACCCCCUUAGCAAUGCAGGCCAUUUCUGGUCGUCCAAACCUUCCCUAUUACAGGCCACUUCAUUCAGGCACUGGGCAAAAUCCCCCUCCUCACUCUUCAACCUCAGCAGUUACAAGAAAUCAAAGAUCACAGAGUGACUCAAUUGUUGUCAAUCCAUCUAUUCCUCAUCCUGCACAAAUCUCUCAACCUAGCGUAGACCGAUCUGUUUCCUCUCCUGGGCCACUUCCUCCAAGCACAAUGGUGAAUCCCUCUUUUCAGUCUUUACCUCCAGCUGUCCCAUCUGAGAGUGCAUCUCACAGAACCUCAUUGACUUCAAAUGUUGGCAAUGAAGUACCCCAAGAACCAACAGCUGUCCCAGGGUUCAGUAAUCCUCCUCCCUUUGAUGAUACAUCAAAUCAGAGGCUACAGACCGAUUCAUCACUGGCUGACCCAUCCCUUGGUUAUCCUGUACAAGUCUCUCAACCCAGCAUGGAAAAUCCCUCUCUUCAAUCUCCACUUUCACCAGAUGCUGUAACACAGGGACCUCCUGGUUCAACUGCAAGACCGGUUCAGGAGCACUCUGCAUUAGCAGGGUCUGCUGGACUGGAUGCCAUAGAUCAUCCUCCUAAUGGAAGCAUCAGUACAGGCAUCCCAGCCACUGCUGAUCUCAAAGUACAGGUUUCCGCUAUGGGUAAUUUUUUGGAUCCUGUGAAGUAUGAGCCUAUCGAAAUGAUAGGAUCUGGCGGUUUUGCUAAGCAAAGAAGGGCAGUUGAAAAUGAAGUAACAGUUCUUUCAGAUGUAAAGCACAAAUACAUUGUGCCGUUCCUCUAUGCAGAGGAGAAGCAAAACACUAUGUUGUUGUUUCUGGAGUACAUGGAAGGGGGUUCUGUGGAGGACAUGUUAAGACAGAAAGGACCCUUAGAAGAGCUGCUUGUCAGAAAGUUUACCUGGCAAAUGCUUAUUGGGGUUGAAUUCCUCCACGGCAAAGGAAUUAUUCACAAGGAUAUCAAAGGUGCAAAUGUUCUGCUAGAUGGGCAACAACAGAACAUAAAACUUGCUGAUUUUGGCAUCUCAAAAGUCAUGACAGCACUGAAAACCGUCACCGGUGGAAGAGUGACUCAAGGCAACGUGGCUUCUUUUCAUUGGACAAGCCCGGAAAUGCUCUCUAACAAACCCUAUGGAAGGAAAACUGAUAUUUGGAGUGUGGGUUGCACUGUAGUCGAGAUGUUGACUACCAAACCGCCUUUGUUCUAUGAAGACUUGGACUUGGCGCAAAGAAUGUAUAAGAUUGUGAACCACCAAGUUGAGCCACCGAAAGACUGCAAAUCCAUUGCUUUUGGGUUUCUUAAGAAAUGUCUCAGUAAAGAAGACGUUCGUCCCACUGCCGCUGAGCUAUUGAAAGAUGAUCCUUUCGUGCAGUUUUCAUCAGAGGAGAUGAAGGAAGUAUUUUGAAUGUCUCGCCACAAGACAAUGCUGGUGGCUAACGAACAGCAAAAUUCGCGUUAGACAGGUUAUGUAAGCUUGCUGUGAAGAUUAGUCACGAGAGAAGACUUAAUAUCGUUAAUUGUGAUAAUGUGUUGGGACGUGUUAUUGACACUGUAUUCAGGAAACUGUGCCUUUUGCAACAAGGACUACAUGAUCAAUUGAUCAGUUACAAUAGACGGAAGUCGCACACUAUCCCUCGUGGCGUUCGCAAUUUUCAAUCUCCGCUUUGUGGAUGCUCUCUGACCUCGACUCUAGGGAUGUAAUAUGAAAUCGAUGGCAUAUAUCCUUUUAAAUAAGAUGAGAAACGACCGCCUUUGGAAUGUAACUUGUAGUCUAUGGUCGAAAGAAACGAAUAGAAUUUGUUAUUAAGAGACGUUAGACAGUGCAACACUUACCUACCCAUACCUGAUUUGUAAUUCUCACUUUUAAGGGCCAUUUAUUUCUUUUUGAAAUAAUGACGGAAAUUUGGUGUUCUGUGAACUUUAUAUCCUCUAGCUGAUCAGUUUGUGUAUUCUCUUCACACAUUUGCUGGAUAUAGUAUAGAUUUUGUGGGGAGAAUUCAGAUGUUGAUCAGAUUUGGGAGAUAUGGAGUUUCAUGUGGUCUUGUUAGGUAUUUCAUUCUAGAAGCUGUUAACCACGCGAGGAAUUCAGCCUUUGGGUGAAGAAGGUUUCUUUUAAAGGUUACUGUGAACAAAAUCUGGUCAAAGUGUUCACACUUUUUUUAGAAUUCUUUUUAUUCGAAAAAAAUUUUACAAAAUCUUUAAAAGAACGUAAGGUACGCCUGGAAAGGCUUACACGUGCCUACCAAAACAAAUAGUAUUAAAAAGUCUAAUCUUUUCAGAAUCUAUUGUUAAUAAGCUUCUCAGUGAUACAUUGUUUUUCGCGGUUUCUUUUAAAGUAGCACGUGCAGGACGUAAUUUUUAGGGAGGGGCCCAAUUUUGUCGACAGUUACCGCUGACCUCAAAGCACAGCAGUAUCAGCCAUAAAUUGAGAUGAGUGUAUGA